CUGAUAUUGGAGUCCCCCCUCGUCCGAAGAGAUAGGCUGGCGCCAGCCUGUGCGCCAACACCGAAUCAGGCAAGAUCCGCGCGCUGGGCGUCGGCGCCGGCGGGCGCCGCCGCGGGCGUCCUCCCCCCGGGCCGAGCGUCGUGCCCCCAUGGCGGCCCCGCCGCAGAUGUACGUGGUGAAGCGCGACGGGCAGCAGCAGGACGUCAAGUUCGACAACGUCACGAAGCGGAUCCGGGCGCUGUGCAAUGGCCUGGACGCCAAGUACGUGGACCCAGUGCCUAUCACGCAGAAGGUGAUCGAGGGCUUCUAUGCGGGUAUCUCUACGUCGGAGAUCGACGUGCUCGCUGCUGAGACCUGCGCGUACAUGUCCCAGAAACACCCCGACUUCUCGACCCUCGCCGCCCGCAUCGCGGUCUCGAAUCUCCACAAGAACACUACGAGUUCCUUCUCUGAGACGUGCCGCGUGCUGUACGAGUAUCGGGAUGCUCAGGGUCGAUCAGCUACUCUCAUCGCGGACGAUGUGUACACCUUCGUUCAGGACAACGCCGAGCGCUUGGAUGCCGCCGUCAAGUACGAGAGGGACAGCGACUACGACUACUUCGGCUUCAAGACGCUGGAGAAGUCGUACCUGCUGCGCGUGAACGGGAAGAUCGUCGAGCGGCCCCAGCACAUGCUCAUGCGGGUGGCCUGCGGCAUUCACUGCGGCAACGUCGAGGCAGCGGUGGAGACGUACGACCUGAUGUCGCUGCGCAAGAUGACGCACGCGACGCCGACGCUCUUCAACGCGGGGACGCCCACCCCGCAGAUGUCGUCCUGCUUCCUGCUCACAAUGAAGGAUGACAGCAUCGAUGGCAUCUACGACACGCUGAAGCAGUGCGCGCAGAUCUCGAAGUCCGCGGGCGGCAUCGGCGUCGCGGUGUCGAACGUGCGCGCGAAGGGCAGUUACAUCCGAGGCACCAACGGCCAGAGUAACGGGCUCGUGCCGAUGCUGCGCAACUUCAACGAGACCGCGCGCUACGUUGACCAGGGCGGCGGCAAGCGAAAGGGCUCCUUCGCAAUCUAUCUGGAGCCGUGGCACGCGGACAUUUUCGAGUUCUUAGAGCUGCGCAAGAAUCACGGCAAGGAGGAGCAGCGCGCCCGCGACCUGUUCUACGGCCUGUGGAUCCCCGACCUCUUCAUGCGCCGCGUGAAGGAGAACGGCGACUGGACGCUUUUCUGCCCCAACGAGGCGUACGAUAAGGAGACGUCCAAGGGACUGAUGGAUGUCUACGGAGAGGAGUUCGAGGAUAUGUACGCUCAAUUCGAGAAGGACGGCAAGGGUCGCAAGACGGUGAAGGCUCAGAGCCUCUGGCAGCGCAUUGUCGAUGCGCAGAUGGAGACUGGCACGCCCUAUAUGCUCUACAAGGACCACGCGAACAGGAAGUCCAACCAGCAGAACCUGGGGACCAUCCACUGCUCGAACCUAUGCACAGAGAUCAUCGAGUACACGUCCCCUGGCGAGGUGGCCGUGUGCAACCUGGCGUCGAUUGCACUGUCAGCCUUCGUCAAGAGCGACCGCGUGGAGGAUUACGACUUCCAGGAGCUGUACCGAGUCACAAAGGUUGUGACCAUGAAUUUGAACAAGGUCAUCGACCGUAAUUUUUACCCUGUCGAGGAGGCCAGGUACUCCAACAUGAAGCACCGCCCCAUCGGCCUUGGGGUGCAGGGCUUGGCUGAUGCCUUCAUGAUGAUGCGAUUGCCGUUCGAGGGUGAGGUCGCGAAGAGGCUCAACGAGGACGUGUUCGAGACCAUCUACUUCGCGGCCUGCGAGGCCUCGUGCGAUCUGGCGGAGGUGGACGGGCCGUACGAGACUUUCGUGGGCUCGCCCGCGAGCCGUGGACUGCUGCAGUUUGACCUCUGGAAGCAGACGCCCAAGAGUGGACGCUGGGACUGGGCCGGCCUGAAGGAGAAGAUUGCCAAGCACGGUUUGAGAAAUUCUCUCCUGGUCGCCCCCAUGCCGACCGCGAGCACGGCCCAGAUCCUCGGGAACAACGAGUCCUUCGAGCCCUACACGCAGAACUUGUACGUUCGCCGAGUGCUGUCUGGCGAGUUCGUGACUGUGAACAGGCACCUCCUCCGCGACCUGGUCCGGCGCGAGCUGUGGACGGACGACAUGCGCAUGCAGCUGAUCGCGCACAACGGCAGCGUGCAGGGCCUGGACCUGCCAGCGGACCUGAAGGAGCUGUACAAGACGGUCUGGGAGAUCAAGCAGAGGGUGGUGCUCGACAUGGCCGCCGACCGCGGCAAGUACAUCGACCAGUCGCAGUCGCUGAACAUCCACAUGAUCGACGCGUCGGCCUCCAAGCUGUCCUCCAUGCACUUCCACGGCUGGCAGCUCGGGCUCAAGACCGGCAUGUACUAGGGUCACGGUGGCGGACUUGCGCACCAAGGCUGCCACGGAGGCGAUCAAGUUCACCGUGGAUGUGGACAAGAUCAAGCGCGCGAACACUAGCCCGGCGCUGGUGAGCAGCGCGGGCGGCUAUCCAACAGGUGCUGCAUCUUCUGCCACGGCGGCGACCUCCACGGAGACCACCUCGGCGAAUUCAGUGGAGAAGCAGGCCAUUGACGCGCUGAAGGCGGGCGCGCCGAAGUACGACUGCGUGGGCUGCAGCGCCUGAGAGGGGCAGAUCGAGUAGAGUCUAAGCCUCCCAGAUGGGGCCCCUGCAGGCUGCGCGGGCCUGCGGGCAGUCCUGCAGGGCCUGGGAGGAGGUGGAGGGUUCCUCCGAAGGGCUCAGGCGACCCGUCCUCCUCCCUCCUCCUCCAUCCUCCUCCUCCUCCUCCUCCCUCCUCCCUCCUCC